AUGACGGGUACUUGCAAGAAGACAACCCUUCGAACGAGACUUGUAUAUUGCUCAGGAAAAGCUCAUUCCAUACAAGUUGUAUGCAGUCCACGUUGUCCGCGAUCAUGCGAUGUUUUGGAACAGUUCUGUGCACGGAAAGGCAUCCAACUUUCGCCCGAUCACCCCUCUCGGAAUGUCUCCGAUGACAAGGCCUCAAACGAUUCAAAAAAACCAAAUCAGGAAGGUAAUCUGAAGCCUAACUUUAGUCCAGCUACUGAUAAUGUUGACAACAGAGUGCACCAGCGAAUAGGCAAAUCUUCUUCCGAUGAAAAGACAUCGAAUGAAUUUAAGAAGACAGAACGUGAUAGCACGAAAAGGGGCAACUUUCCCUCAAGGUCAAGCAAAAGAGAUACUAAAAGGCAUUCUCAACCGACCAGCCCAUCAAAUUCUGACGACAAAGCUUCAAAUGAUUCGAAGUGGAGUGGACGCAGCAGCAACGGGAAACGGAAUUCAAUUUCAUCGUCUGGCAAAAGAGACACGAAAAAACGUUCUUACCAGUUAAGUCCGCCUAAUACGGCAGAAAAGUCCUCAAAUGAGUCUCGAAAAUCUCUAUAUGACGACUCCAAAAGGUCGAACACCAGCUCCAUGACUGGCAGGUCUGACACCAAAAGAGGAUCGCAGCAAAAGGGUCACUUCACUUCAGAAGAGGGAGGUUUUAAUGGAGAAAAAGAUGGAAAAGAUGGAAAUCUUAGGAGUCUUCAUACUCCCUCAUCAACUCCUCGAAAAGGAUCUACUAAGAAAGACAUUCAACAAAACGCGCAGUCUACUAGUGUUAAGAAUCCCCGACAUGAUGAGAAUGAAGAAUUGGAUUCAAUCUCACCAAAUGGUAGAAAUGAUAGGCGAAAAAAGUCGCCAACGACAGCUUCUUCUGUUUCUGAAGAAGAAUCCUCGUUAAAUUCCAAAAAUCGGACAGGAACAGUUGGUACUGCCUCUGAUAUGGUGGAUAAAGCCUCAAUUCAAGAAACGUCUUCGAAAGAUAAGGAUAUAGGUGGACGGAGCGGAACUAAGAAAGGGCGCGAUUAUCAUUAUGCAACUCAGAACGGUUCUUAUGUUCGAAACCAACCAUCCUUAGGUUUGAAAAAUCCAGAAGUUAACAGUCAGACUCAACCAAAUGAUUCCAGAAAACUAAUCGCUGAUGAAGUAGGUAAUGGAGGCACCAAAAAAGGGACGGAUCAGAUGGACCAAUUGUCCGUCGGUCCGGAAAGCCCAAAUGUCGACAAUGGAUCCCAGUCAGGAGGCCCAAGAAAAGCUACUAUCAAUAGGGCAGAUGAUGAAGGCACCAGAUAUGGGUUUGAUCAGUCAAUUCAAGCAUCCUCUGGUCCGAAUAACGCAAAAAUUGACGAUACAUCUAAACCAAAUAAUCGCAUAAGAAAAAAUCCUGAUGGAGCAGAGAGAGAUGGCACAAGGAACGAGCAAAUGCUGAUGGAGUAA